AUGUUUAUUCGAAUUUUUCAACUGUUUUUUUUAAAUAAAUUCUUAUACCAUUUAUCAGACAACAAAGACAUUUCUCAGGUAUUGUCACUGAAUCUCACAGGGAGGUGCCUACCAGCAGCUUCUACAUUCAUCAGUGGGGGUCCAACUCCGUCCAUUGCAGUCUUACAGAGGGUGAGUUCUGGCAGUGGUCAGCAACAUCGCCACCACCAGAGCAGCAACAGAAGCAGCAGCCGAAGCAGCAGCCACUUGCUCAACAGCAUCCUCAAUACUGUCUGUCUUAGUCAGCCCCCAACUGUCAUCAUUGGUAACUCAUCAUCUUCUGUCACCGCCUCCGAGGCUGGUGGAACGGCGAGCUCCUCGUCUACGAGUAGCGCCACAGCGACUGCCCUUAACAGCACAUUGAGUGGUGCUCACUCAUCUUCAACAAUGUCCUCCACCUCAUCAUUGUUCUCUGCAAGCCAUCAUGGUUAUCACCAGCUUCAUUCCACAUCCUCUGCCAUGGGUGCUGCCAGUGGGGCUGGUCCUUUUUCGUCAACCACCUCUGCUGCAGCAUUUGUGUCUUCUGGUCACCAUCACCACCAUCAUCACCAUCGGCGCCUUAUGAAGCAACGGGAACGAAAUCUACUGUCUGCUGUGGUCAGCAUGUUGGUUAUUGUUGUCCUUUGCACAGCUCUUGUUGAACCCAACUGGAUUGCUGUUUCGGGUGGUGGGUGCAAAGAAAAGCACCUGGGUGUAUAUCAGUUUUUCUAUCCCGGUUAUUUCCUUGACCAACAUUCAGCUGCAGUGGCCAACAUAAACGGUGGUAUGCGAGCAGCAGGGGAGGUGCUGGUCCCUGGUGAUGAUGGUCGACCCAGUGUGGAAGUGAAUGGAAAGGUGGUGGUAGCCUUUGGCUAUAAAUAUGGUCCAAGUUCUGAUGAAGUGUUGGUAGACUGUAUCACCUUGAAGGGUGUGUGGCUUAUGAAGUCCAUCAUUGUGUUCACAUUUUUGGCUAUUAUCUGUAGUGUAUGUUCUUUCUUCCUCGAUCUGCUGGGGCCAACACAGAAAGCACUCAAGUUAAUACAUAGAAAUGCCAUUCCUAGUAUCACCACAGUGAUUAUUUGUGUGCUCAUAAAUGGACUCUGUUACCUCCUGACAAUCGAAGUGAAGGAUCUGCAGAUGCUGACCAAACCGUAUCCUGGCAACCGCAUCUCUGUCACAUUUUCAAUUUCAUUUUACCUAAUAGCAACAGCAGGAGGCCUAGCAGUACUCGGAACAGCCUGCAACUGCCUACGCCAUUACCCAGUUAGAGUGACAACUUCUGAUCCUGAGCCCUUGCUUGAUGAUUAUGACAGACUAGAACAAGUAUUUUAUCCUCCUGGUCCCAUUCCAGAGAUUGCAUCUAUGACACCCAUGGUGCCUCCACCUGCCUAUAGCCCUUGA